AUGCAUUUCCCAACCGCCCUUCUCACAAUAGUCGCCCUCGCGCUCUCCAGCGUCGUCGCCCAGGAAGCCGCUGUCGACAUCGAGCCAAUCGAAGGGGUAGACACGGAGUCGACAGACCUCACCUCUGUCACCGCCUCCCUCGACCUCCGAACCACCGUAGGGUUCGAUUUGACCGCGAAGAACUACUACGGUGCCCCGAUCCCGCCCUGGCACCAUGGCAAGCCCGGGUGGUACUACGGCCCCAACCCCUGGAAGUAUCCUCAUUUCCCGUGCCUCUGGUGGGGUGGUAUCAUCUGCAAAAUCCUCAAGCUCUUCCCCUGGGCCAUCCAGUGCCCGAAGCCACCUCACUUCCCGCCGCCUCCCAACGAUGGGUACACCCAGACCUUCAAGAACCUUACCGGCGCCACCCAGGCUCAAGACUAUUUGACCUUCGGGCUCGUUGACACCAUCGCUGACUGCAAGGCUAUGUGCAACAACGUCUCGGGAUGCAAGUUUGUCAAUACCUACAACGACGUCAACGGCAAGGAUGGAAGCACCCAGCUCACCUGCUCGCUCUUCUCGAAGUGUCACACGUCCUCCGAUGCGACCAACACGGGCGGUCAGACUCAACCUGAUGGCAGCAUCAACUUCAUCCGGAACUCGGAUGGAUAUUGCAAGAAGUAG